GCUCUCUCAUUGGUCGCCGCCCAGCACGUUGCGCGCAGCAGGCUCGGGUGAGCGGUGUGCACGGCUGGUCCUCUCGUCUCGUCAUGGAGCUGCCGGUCCGGAAUGGUUGGUUCCGGGAGACGUGCAGCCUGUGGCCGGGGCAGGCGAUGUCCCUGCAGGUGGAGGAGGUGCUGCACCAUCACAAGUCCGCCUUCCAGGAGAUCCUGGUGUUUAAGAGUAAGACGUACGGGAAUGUGCUGGUGUUGGACGGAUUAAUCCAGUGCACGGAGCGAGACGAGUUCUCCUACCAGGAAAUGAUCGCGAACCUCCCGCUGUGCAGCCACCCCAACCCAAAGAAGGUGCUCAUCAUCGGAGGCGGAGAUGGAGGGGUUUUGCGAGAGGUGGUGAAGCAUCCGUCCGUGGAGUCUGUGGUGCAGUGUGAGAUCGAUGAGGAGGUCAUCAGUGUCUCCAAGCAGUAUCUGCCCGGAAUGGCCGUGGGUUACUCCAGUCCUAAACUCACUUUACACGUGGGCGACGGUUUCCAGUUCAUGAAGCAGAACCAAGACGCGUUUGAUGUCAUUAUCACAGACUCCUCCGACCCUGUAGGUCCUGCGGAGUCCCUCUUUAAAGAGUCUUACUAUCAGCUGAUGAAGACGGCGCUCAGGGAGGGUGGGAUCCUCUGCUGUCAAGGGGAAUGUCAGUGGCUGCACCUGGACCUUAUAAAGGAGAUGCACCAAUUCUGCAAGACUCUGUUCCCUGUGGUAGAAUAUGCCUACUGCACCAUCCCCACCUACCCCAGCGGGCAGAUCGGCUUCAUGCUCUGCAGCAAAAACCCAAACACAAGUUUCCGGGAGCCCAUACGACCCCUUACUCAGGAGCAGGUGGAUGAGAUGAACCUCAGAUACUACAACUUCAACAUUCACCGGGCAGCGUUCGUUCUCCCAGAGUUUACACGAAAGGCUCUCAGCGAUGUGUGAAUUGGCGGCAGACGUGACGUUUAACUCUUUGUAAGGCUAGAGACUUCAGACCAGAGAACACACGUCGCCCUCCCAUGAAUGGGGCGCAGGACGCGGUCGCACCUCCUGGCUUUUUUUUUUUUUUAACUUUAUCUCCAGUGCCGGCAACUGUGAUCCGUACACUCGCCCCUUCAAGGCCCAGACCUCAUGGGUACAACGUGUUACGAUCUCCGCAUGCAUCUUCCUUCUCUGAUUUAUCGCUUCUGUUAACCCUUCAUGAAGCAAGACUCAGUGAUUCCUCCAUUCACUUAUCACCUGGUGUCGGCUGCUGCAAGGGUUAAUUGGAAGUCCGCCACGAUUUUAUUGUUACCCCCCUUCAUUGCCAAUGUUGUCAUUAUCAUAUGUUACAUAUAUCUAUUUAAUACUGAGGCUUAUCCGCCCCACCAGCUGCUAGUCUUCACGUUUCCUGAUAUUAUGGCAAAGAACAGUCUGUCAUGGCAUCUCAUCCCUCAUACACCCCCUUGACCAGCAAUGGUUCAUUCCUGUCUGAUUGGCCAGAGGAGGGUUGGUUGAUUGAAGUGAAGGGAUAUUGGGGGUGGAUGGACGGACAGUCGGUCCAGAUAAGAGAACUGCAAUCACUGGAUGUUACUUGUCAGUAAACAGAUCCCAAACCAA